AUGUCACAUGAACUUGACAAGUAUAGCACGAGGCCCGACCACGUGGGCCCACACGAUUGCGCCAUCUGUCUUUGCUCGAUCGAGCAAGAGGAUGACAAGGCACGGGAGCUUAACAAGUGCCGACACGUUUUUCACGGCGCGUGCAUCGAGAGGUGGGUCACGUGCGGGCACUGGACAUGCCCGAUUUGUAGAAGUCACAUCAAAUUUUCGGGGUUUUGUGGGGUUUAUGAGGAAAUUGUGGUUUUGGGUUUUGUUGAUAGUAGGAUGAGUGAUGAAGAGAAUGAGGCAUAUAAUUGGUGGCUACGUUAG